AGUACGCAUUUCAACAUAUCCGCGCACGGACGUUCGGCUUGUGUUCUGAUAAGCCGGCACAAAAAUAUUUCUUGAAACCGAUCACGCGUCGGAAAGAAAAACCGUCCUGAUUAUUUAUUAACCUGCAUAGUGUUUGUCAAGAAAAGGUAUUUUUAUAUAGUUUUAUUGACUUGUUAAGUAUAAUAGCUGUGUAAAAUAAAAUGCUGCUAGUUGCUUCGUUUUAGUGCAGUGAAAUGGAUUAUUCUCAUUAGUUUUUCACCGAGUGUAUAAUGUCGAAAACUUUAAACGCAUAUAGAAUAAAGAAGAUCGAGUCUUUAGGCAGGAUGACGGCGAUGACGCAGGAGGAGAUGGUGGCCGGCGCUAGGACAGUGGCCGCCGGCCUCGAGGCCCUGAGGGCGGAACACGCGCAAUUGCUAGCCGGCCUCGCAGCCAACACUGACCACGAGCACGAGAAGGCCGCGCUCGUCAAGAAGAGCAUCGAUGCUAUUGAAUUAGGUCUCGGUGAAGCACAGGUGAUGAUGACCCUGGCCUCCCAUCUUCAAUUGGUCGAGGCAGAGAAACAAAAGCUACGGACACAAGUCCGUCGGCUGUGUCAGGAGAAUGCUUGGCUUCGGGAUGAGUUGGCGGCGGCGCAACAACGCCUGCAAGCCUCCGAACAGAGGGUAGCUCAGCUCGAGGAGGAGAAUAAGCAUCUGCAGUUUAUGGCUUCUAUCCGCAAAUACGACAGUGAUGUCACAGAAGAGUCUGAGAGCAAUCGCGGUGGCCAAGGCGAGAGUAAACGCGACGACCCCAUGGUUGAUCUAUUCCCAGAUGAUGACCAUGAAGACAAUAGGAAUAACAAAUCCAUGUCGCCCACGCCACCAUCUCAGUUCGCUCAGCAAGUGAAUGCUGGUUAUGAGAUACCCGCUAGGCUGCGAACCUUGCACAAUUUGGUGAUCCAGUAUGCGUCACAAGGACGCUACGAAGUCGCAGUGCCACUUUGCAAGCAAGCUCUUGAAGAUCUGGAGAAAACCUCGGGCCAUGAUCAUCCCGACGUUGCUACAAUGCUCAACAUAUUGGCUUUGGUUUACAGAGACCAAAAUAAAUAUAAAGAAGCGGCAAACUUGUUGAAUGAUGCAUUGUCUAUUCGUGAAAAAACUCUCGGAGAGAACCAUCCCGCUGUCGCUGCGACUCUCAAUAACCUGGCUGUGCUCUAUGGGAAACGAGGCAAGUAUCGUGAGGCGGAGCCGCUGUGUAAGCGUGCAUUAUGCAUACGCGAGGCCGUACUCGGCCGUGACCAUCCCGACGUGGCCAAACAACUGAACAAUCUCGCGCUACUCUGUCAGAAUCAGAAUAAAUAUGAGGAAGUGGAACAAUACUACCAGCGUGCACUAGAGAUUUACGAGAGCAAGCUUGGACCGGACGAUCCUAACGUUGCCAAGACAAAGAAUAAUCUCGCUUCUUGCUAUCUCAAGCAGGGCAAGUACAAAGAAGCAGAGACAUUAUACAAACAGGUGCUGACACGAGCUCACGAAAGAGAAUUCGGAACUAUUGAUGGAGACAACAAACCGAUUUGGCAAGUAGCCGAGGAGAGAGAGGAGAAUAAACAUCUACAGAAAGAAAACGCACCGUACGGUGAAUACGGCGGUUGGCAUAAAGCUGCAAAGGUUGACUCACCUACUGUUACGACUACUUUGAAGAAUCUAGGCGCCCUCUACCGGCGUCAAGGCAAAUACGAAGCUGCCGAAACCCUCGAGGACUGUGCUCUACGCAGCCGAAAAGAGCCGGGCACGAAUCAAGCGAGCGAACCACGCAUGAACCUAAAAUCAAAGUUGUUCAAUGCGCUAGGGAUCAACACAGGGAGCACUUCGCCGCACCAGUAGUCUAAGAUUUAGCUAUUUAGAGCUUAUUAUAAGAACUCACUCGCUUUUAAUGUAUGCGAUCCUCUUACACACGUGUUUUACCACAAAGUAACGACUACAUAUCAUGUUAACUAGUUAUUGGUUAAAAAAGUAUCUUUUCUUCUUUAACUUUCUUUAAUGAAAAAUGUUUGAAAAAUCCAUUAGCCUCGGCUACUCAGGUAGCUGGUUGAUGUUUAUCAGUAUAGCAUUGUGAAUGCAAAAAUGUUGAGAAGUUCACUCGUUUAAAGUAUCUCUGGUCAUAAGUGAAGGGUGAAACCAAAUCUAAUUAGC